AGCACGCUUCAAGGACCAAUGUACCCAAUAGCUCAUGGAAGAAAAAAAUCAAAUCAGGACAUCCUUGGUUUCCAGGCUACCAAAAUAUGGAACAAAAACUUUAGGAAGUGUUUUGCAACCUAUGCCAAACGGGACGGCUGUUAGUCUCACAGGGAAUAAUGGUGGCAAAAAUUUUGGCAAGCACAAUGGCACUGUUCGCAUGUCUUCCUUUUCUUUCAACUGGAAAAAAUCAAACAACUAUCAACUUCAUGAUCAAAACGAGAGAGAGACCAAUCCUAAACAUAACUGUAAUGAAAAAUUAAUCGAUUCGGAGAAGUCUUCUCAGUCUCAAGGAGCAUUGAGUAACGAUGUGCUCAGGGUGGGUUUGAACAGCACUGCUUCGGUUGCAUCAAAAGCAGCAAAGCAAACCAAUAUGUUUGUAUCUUCUACUGAGGAUUUAAACCCAAAGUCUUUGCCUGGACUCUCUAGUUCAGCAAAAUUCGCCAAAGGUACCCUGUCAGGAAGGACCUCGUACUCUGGACUCAAUGCUCCAAAAUCACAUUUAAAUGGAUUUCAUGGAAAUAGGCCAGUGGUAGGUUUGCAGAGACCUAGAGCUAAUUCCAGUGCCGCGAGGACAAGUUCAGGAGAAAGCCUGGCACAAUCUACAGACAAUGGCAAGGCUUUUUCCUGUGAAAAAAUGGUAAGAUCACAAAGUUUUUCACAUUCCAUUCAGAAUUCUUUGCUUCCCACUGCAUCUUUAACCAGGUCACAUUCCUUUAAUAAAGCUGUGGAUCUUACAAGGCCUUACCAUAGUCAAAAUCUAGCUGCCAGGACAUCUCAGAGGUCGACUUUGUUGUCAAGAAGUGCACGUCAGUUGGAUGUACCCAAUGGAAAUGAGUCUAUGAAGUAUGGAUUUACCAGGCCUUAUUCUGGGAUGUCAGCUGCUUGUUCAAAGAAGCCCCCACUGUCAAAUGGAUCUGGGUCAGCACCUUCUUUUGGAUACAGAUUAAGUCGGCCUUCCCUGCUGAAGCCUAACAGGCAGCAAUUAGCUGGAAAUGUAGCUGUGGAUGGCAGCAAAAGUACAACUCCUGACACCUGCAUCGUGAAGAACUCUGACAUUUCAACAAACGUUAACAGAACAAUUGAGAAGAACAGUAUUAUAGAGAGCAGUGCUCAAAGAACAGGAUCUGAUGAGUGCCUACACGAAAGUAUGGGAAAACAUGGGUCAAAAGUCAUGUGUAUGAGUGAUGAUGGAGAUGAGAUAUCUAUAUCUUCUUUGUCAUCCUCGGAAAAAAAUGAUUUGAGUGAAGACUUCAGUGAUGAUUUCAUAGACAUAGAAGACUCCAACAGAACUAUGCAAAGACAGCAGAAGGAGAGCUGCCUUCAAGAACUGGAGGGUGGCAGUAUCACGUCGAUCGAGCCCUUCACUUCUCUCAAGGGAAGCGGAGGAUCUUCCUGCAACGCUGAGGACUGGCUUGAUGUAAACAUGUCUGCAGUAGAUGACAACAGUGAAAGCACAAAGCACACUACCGAGAAUGAGAUUUCUCCAGAGAUGAAUUACAGAGCAGGGUCCUCUUUUGAGCUUUCUCCAUCUGACAGCUCUGAUGGCACGUAUAUGUGGGAUGAAGAAGGGCUGGAACCCAUUGGAAGUGUCCAUCCGUGUGGAAGCUAUGAAUCUUCAGAAAUGAACAGCAUA